AAUAAUAAUAAUAAUAAUAAUAAUAAUAAUAAUAAUAAUAAUAAUAAUACCCUUCCUCUUUUCCCGCAAGGCGGCACCACCACUGCCAAUAGAAAUACCGCCCCACUGCCGUAUACAGUGAAGAAAGAUCCGGUAGUCUCAACAGCGAAUCCAACACCGCCUGCAGUGAAUGGCCCAACGCAGGGAGGAAGACGCGUGACACUGCGUAAAGUGCCUCCAUUACCUCCAGGCAUUUUACCACCCGAACAGGAAGAACAUGUGCAAGUACAAUUGAAAUUACAACAACUACAGCAAAAGAGAAUACUGCAACAACAGGAACAAGAGGAACAACAGAAGAAACAACAAGAGCAACAUUUAACCAAUAUCUUGGCACGUGCGAAAGCAACGGAGGAUACUAAAAGGAAUGGUGUAUUGCCGAUGAACCGAACGGUGGGAACACCACCGAUGAAAGGCACCACUAGAGUUGAUGUAACUCCUGAUAAGGUGCUGCCAACAGUUAGGACGGCACCCACCUCUAAUCCUAUUUACUCUACAAACAAACAAGUACCAAUGCCAACUAAUGGGGGUGGUUCCUUGCAGGGUCAAUUGGGUAAUAUAGCUAAAAAUCAUAUUGAUACAAAACAACAACAAGAAGUUCCAAGGGCAAAGGCUUGGGAAACACGUCUAGAAGAGAAAAAUAAGACGACAGCCCCCCGAGUAACGACGGUGAAUGGGAAUGCCAAUGGAAACAAAGAUACUGAAUAUGAUGCCCCACGGCGUCAUGAAAGUGAAGUUCCCCAAAUCUCUCUUGGCUGUUCAGGCUACGGAGAAACGGAUGUGUCUGCUGGAAAAAAUACUUUUGGAGGUAAAGAUAAAAACGAUGGUAAUGCAACGGCUUCUUUCAAUGACUCUCAGUUCUGGGAUCGUGUUUUGGGUGGAUACGGCAGUGGUACACCUAUUGCCCGAUCGGAUCUGAAUUCAGCAGCAUUGAAAUCCUCAGAAGAGAGUCACCCAAAACAACGUGAAGAGCCGGUUGUCUCCGAGAGUGUUGGAAUGUCUGUAGAGACAAUUCCGCAAACUAUGCAGAAGCCUGUAACGGAUAAACGCCGAGCAGAUUUGGAGCUAUGGGCCGCUACUACCCUUCUAAAGGUAUCGAAUGCUCAAUAUAUGCGACAACAAGCCGUAAUGGCAGUAGCCGCUGCCGCCAAACUGGCGAAUUUUGAGAUUGCCGGAGAGUUAAUGACGAUGAAUGGAGAAAUGCAUAAUGUGUUGGAUCAAUUGGUGUAUCGUGAUCGGCCACGGCAGCCGCAGUACCCGGCGGUGAUGCCACUUGUAUUGGAAACAGGAGCAAGACGAAGACGUCCCCGCACGCCGCGUAGUUUCUACGGUGUACGUGGAAAACGUGUGGGCCCCGACUGGUUCCGCGGGGCACUUGAAAAUGCGCGGUUUGUGCAGAGUCCAGACCUGCGACCGCUGGAGGCGGAGGAGGCACAGGAGAAACUGCGGCGCGGCGGUAAACGGUAA